AUGGGUGCUCGCGAUGAGAAGGUCCGGGACAAAGGGUUAGAAAACGUGAUGGACUUGAACGACUUAACCAACUACGCGAUUAACCGAGAGGUGCUUGUGAAGCAAAAGGAGAAAAGCAGAGCGUUCAGAGAAGAUGAGGCAAGAAUCGCUGUUGCAGCAAUCAAGCCGGAGUGGAACGGUGGAUCGAAGGGUAUUGGAAUGAUUCGUCAGCCAUCGAAGUUCGAGUUUCGUCGCAGUAUUCCAGAAAGAGAUUCAUCGCGCAGCUCAAGUCGACGAUUUGUUGCAAAAUGUAAUCGUUGUGGGUCGUUCAACCAUGACGAUGGAGCGCGAGAAUGCUCGGCAAGAAAUGCUCGAUGCAACCGAUGUACAAAGGUUGGCCACUAUGCAAGAAUGUGCAACCUACCACGCCCGCCACCGCCGAAAACACGUUAUGUUUGGAAGCGUCCAAAUGAACGAGUAAACGAAGAAGCAAAUUCGCUACAAGAAAAUGAGUGGAAAGAGGAACUUCCCCGUCGCCCUGUUGUCGAGGAUAUUUCGAAGUGCGAUCGGCAGUUCAAGGCUUAUGCCAGCGAUACGCCUCUCAACGUCUUGGUAAUAUUUGAAGCAUGGAUAUCUGUAAACCUGUCGAAACCGAAGUGUUACGCAGAGUUCUUCGUUAUUGAAGGGGCUAGUCGCUGUUUGUUAAGUAAGAGGACAGCUGAGGAAUUAAAAGUUCUUAAAGUGGGCCUUGAUGUGCAGCAUAUUGCGCUGACUAAAGAUCCGUUUCCAAAGUUCCCGAACAUUAUUCUGAAACUCUCGAUCGAUAAAAACGUCCUCCCUAGGAAGAUCGCAUAUCUCAGAAUACCUGGACCGAUGGAGGAAAAAGUCGAUGCGAAGAUUUUGGAAAUGCUUCAAAACGAUAUCAUCGAGCCAGUGGAUGGACCUGCUGAGUGGAUCUCGCCAAUGGUGAUUGUUCCAAAAGGAAAUGAUGAUGUACGUCUGUGCAUAAACAUGAAGUAUCCGAACGAGGCAAUUCAACGGGAGCAUUACCCAUUGCCGGUGAUCGAAACAUUUUUAAACAAACUCAGAGGAUCUACAGUCUUUUCAAGGUUGGAUAUAAUGUCUGGUUUUCAUCAUGUUGAACUACAUCCGGAGUCGCGUGGAAUUACCACUUUCAUGUCGAGCAGAGGAUUGAUGCAAUUCAAAAGAUUAAUGUUUGGCAUUAAUUGCGCGCCGGAAAUUUUUCAGCGCAUUAUGACGGAAAUGUUGUCUGGAAUUGAAGGUGUCAUAGUUUAUAUUGAUGAUAUUGUUGUAUCUGGAAAGAACCAAGAGGAACAUGACAGUAGACUACAAGAAGUUUUGUUAGUACUUAAGCAGAACAAUGCCAGAUUGAAUCAAAGCAAGUGUGUGAUAGGUGUUCAGCAGUUAGAUAUUUUGGGGUUCAAAGUAAGUUCUACAGGCAUUAGUCCUUCAGAAGAAAAAAUCAUCGCUAUCAGAAAUUUCCGUCAGCCCGAAUCGAAAGAAGAGGUUAGGAGUUUUUUGGGUCUUGUCAACUUUGUCGCUCAUUUCAUCCCAAAUCUGUCUACACGAUCCGAGCCGUUGCGGCAGUUUGUUCGUGGUGACGUCCAGGAAUUUGGUGAACGCCAGCAAAACGCUUUUGAUGACUUGCGGACCGAACUGUCUUCAAACGUGCGUAAGCUAGGAUUCUAUGACCCGAAAGACAUCACUGAACUGUACGUCGACGUUUCAUCGGUUGGACUUGGAUCGGUACUGGUUCAAAGAGAUAAGUUAAACGUCCCAAGAAUUAUAUCGUUCGCCUCAAAAGGGUUGACUGCUACAGAGAGAGUUUAUCCCCAAACACAGAGGGAACCCUUGGCAGUCGUUUGGGCGGUAGAGAAAUUUUAUCUGUAUUUGUUCGGUCUACGGUUCACCAUUUCACGGACCACAAGACAUUGGAAUACAUUUAUGGUGGGAAGUAUCGUGAUGGGAGAAGAGCAUGUUCAAGAGCGGAAGGCUGGGCAUUGCGACUACAGCCAUGUUCUUUCAAGGCUAUGUAAUCAAUCUGACGCGGCUUUUGACGAGGAAUCAGAGCAUUUUCUUUUGGCAGUCGGUGAUGGACCAAUUGCAAUCACGCUGGACGAAAUUAGGACUGAGACAAGACACGAUUUGAUUCUUCAGUCAGUAAUAAAAGCACUGGAAUCCGGAAGCUGGCCUCAAGAUCUGGUUCGAUACCAAGCUUUUGACAAAGAGCUAGGUGUGCGAGAAAAGAUUCUGGUCCGUGGCGAAAGAAUCGUGCUUCCAGCUACAUUAAGACGUAGGGCACUGGAGAUCGAACACAGAGGACACCCUGGAGUUGUUUCGAUGCGGAGACGAUUAAGAGAGCGUGUUUGGUGGCCAUGUAUGGAUAACGAUGUCGGAAACAUGGUUCAAGAAUGCGCAGGCUGUGCAGCUGUUAGCAAACAACAUCCCCCAGAACCGAUGCUGCGAAAAGAUAUCCCGGAUAGAGCAUGGCAAGAAAUUGCCAUUGAUUUUUUCUCGGCGAAGGAUUGCGCUACGUUUUUGGUCGUUGUUGAUUACUUUAGUCGAUACCUUAAAGUUGUCGAAAUGAAAGGUACUGCCGCAGAAAAAACUAUUGAAGCCUUAGAAACGAUUUUUAACGAGCAAACUUAUCCUGAAACCAUAAGGACUGACAAUGGACCACCAUUUGCCGGACAACAGUUCGCUGAUUAUUGCCGAAGUAAAAACAUUAGACUGAUUCGUACAAUUCCCUACUGGCCACAGAUGAAUGGUUUAGUUGAGAGACAAAACCAAGGUAUUCUCAGGGUUCUCCGCAUUGCGAAGGCAACGAAUAGCGAUUGGCGCAAAGCUAUAAAAGAUUACGUUUACAUGUACAACACUAGUCCUCAUUCUAUUACGGACCAACCUCCUAUGGAAUUAAUGACUGGGCGACCGGUAAAGGAUUUAAUACCAAGUUUCAGAACGGAUGCAAAUUGUAAUCGAAAUGAAGAUGUUCGAGAAAAGGAUGCAAUCAAGAAACUUCAAGGAAAGAUUUACGUGGAUGAGAAAAGACAUGCAAAACCCUCAGAAAUCAACGUUGGCGAUUUCGUGAUGCUCAAAAAUUAUGAAACCGGUAAGCUAGAGCCAAAGUUUCGUUUAGAGAAAUUCACCGUCGUGAAGAAAAACGGAAACGACACCGUUGUCGUCAAUGGGGAUGGAGUAAUGUACCGUCGAUCCGUUACUCAUUUAAGGAAGUGGCCUUCAACAAACAACGAUACAGCGGAGUCAUUGCAACAAAGACCUUUGAGCCUAGAGGGAAACAAAGAUCUAAAGGAAAAUGAUAAACGAAACCUGGAACAUUCCCCUGUCCGCAAGUGUACACCUAGUAGUGAUAUUAGCUUCACCACACACCGGCAAACAGCUUUGAUCGAACAGGACGAUAUACCAGCGUCGAAAAUGGCUUCGAUGACGACGGCAAUUGGGGGUUCAACCACCUGCUUGAUGACCGCAGAUGAACCCAAGAUGGUCACAAAAUGUCUUCUCCUGCACCCAACAGAGUAG